GCAAAAUGUGUGGCGGUGCGCUCUUCCCUUGUUUGUUGCGAGUCCAUAAAAUAAAUGGAAACAAUCCAGGCAUAGUGGAAAGCGAAAGUGUCUUGAAAUGGGGAAGUUUCCUGGUAAACCAUCAAAAAUUGUUAAUCGUAAAAGAAUUAAAGUGUCUAAGUGUUCAUCUGUUAGGGAGGACGAUUCUGUUAAAGCCGCUGAAACCAUAUAUUAUGGCCUUGCUGUUUUCAAUGAAACAUUUGGUAAUGAAGAACAGGUUACUUCAGAAUUUAAUGGAUUUACCAGGAAAGAAGUGCAGUUGGCUGUGACACAUGCCAGACUUCAUCUUCGUGAUACUGAAGCAGAGUGCAAGUUAAAUGGUUUCGAUAUUCCAUUACAAAGGAGUUUUAAUGAGGAAUUUUCACAAAUUAAAUUUAAAUGUUCACCACCAAGAAGGUCAUCAGCAAAAAAUAAGAAACAGUGUUUUGAUGGUGGCGGAAAACGCUUACGUGGAAGAGAGAAAAGGGAUGACCAACCUUCUCCUAAGAAGCCUUUGUCAAAAAUUAGGAAAAAACAGUGUUUUGAUGGUGGAGGUAGUGUGGACGUGAAGAAAAAACCUCUCAAAAAGGAAAAUGAAAGAUCUGAUGAGUGUUUAAGCUCAGGAAAGAAGUUUCUAGGUAGCAACCAUUCUGGAAAUAAUACCACAUUGAAAAACAGUGCAGCAAAAAAACUUCUACAGAAGGCUAUGAAAUCUUGUCAAGUUCCUCUUCCAAAUUCGGAUGGCUGCCUGCAAGAUAAAUGUUUAAAUGGUGCGUUACGUAAAUUUGUGCUCCCCAGUCGUAGUGCUCACUCUUCAAGGGUAAUUAAGCCUAACAAGAGAUUUAUAGAAACAGAUGAAAAUCUUGGUGAUGUGAAUGCAGCACAGACACCAUCUACGGUACAGCUAAAGAGGCCAAAAUUAAUUCUAAGUCCUGUGAGGAACUCUGAGGAAUCUCGCAGUAAUCAAAAGUCCUUUUCUUUUAGUGAAGAUUUGUCUGAAAAAGGUGAGAGGAAUACUAGAUUAGGUUGUUUAAAUUUGGACAGUGUGCAAGGUAAUAUUAGUGCUAAUACAGAAGAGGAUUCUUCUUCCCCUCCUCAUGAAGGUGCAUUGAUUGUGGAAGGUAAACGAAGAUGGAAACCUUCUUACAAAGUACAAUUAAAACUAAGAGAAUUGAAUGUUUUUGGAGCAGGGACCAGUAAAUUUCCUUUCAAACGUAAUUUAGGUUCAAGUACUGAUGCCAGUGAAAGUGUUAACAGUGGUUCUGACAGAGAAACAGUUUCUCAGUCAAUUAGUGGCCAUACGACGGAUAAAAGUGAAAGUGAUUUGUUGGUAAUCAAUACCCAUAGUGAAAACAAAGUGGGUUGUAACACUAGAGUGCCUGGUUCAAAAUUAAAUACAAGCAGCAAAGUCAUCUUGAAAGAAGCACGUCUGAAGUUAAACACACAAACAUCAUCAUUGAGUGAUGGUCCAUUUUCUAAUAGUACACAUUUGGGUGCUUCACUUCCAGAAACAGUUGAAUGUGGUGUGUGUGGUGCUGUGCGAUUUUAUCGUUUCGUAAAACAAGCUAGAAAAUUUGGCAUUUUCAGUUGUGAAUCAUGCCGUAAAUUCAUUUCAAAAAUGAUUAAGAGACAAGCGUGUGCUAAAACAAAUAAUCUGCCCCCGUUGGAAUGUCACAAAGGGGAAGGUAUGUGUUCUGUCCCGCCUAUUGUACGCAGUCAGCAAUGGAAGGCUGGACGUGGAACUCUAGUAAGGUGUUCCUACAAAGCUCGAUGCCCAGCUUGUUGGCUUAAAAUGUGCCUUCGCUCAUUUAAAAUGCCUGAUACCACACGCACAGGUCUAAUGUCUAUGUUGCCUCCAGAAAUGCAAAAUGGAUUGACAAAAACUCAAACUGGAGCUCAAUGCCAUACUGCUCUGUCAAGUGAAGAUUUGACAAGUAGCAUUCUAAACAGGCCCUUUAAACUUGGCUUUAUUGAUUUGCCUGUAGCAGAAAGCAAUAGAUUGCCAAAAGAAUGGCCAACACCUGUUCCUGUACUUUUCCAGCGUGAUCCAUUUGGCCAUCAAAGAAAUUGCAACCAGAAAGCCAAACAAAAAGGGUCAAGUUCAGGAAAACAGCGAAGUAGACAAAAGAAAAGUGAAAAAGAACAAAGUGCAAACCAUAAUCAUAAGAGUCAUUCACAGAUACAGUCAGCAAAACUACUUAAAAAAGCCUCUAAAAAUCUUACUGCAAACAAAGAAUUAAAUGAACAAGGUAGCUCCAAGAAGAAAAAGAAGAAUGGGAGAGCUAAGCCAAGUCACAAAGAGGGAAGUUCACAAGCACGCCGUUCUGGGAGUGUAUGGAGUAGUCAUCGACAGAGAAUCGACCUCAAGGGUCCACGAGUAAAACAUGUGUGUCGAAGUGCUUCAAUUGUGCUUGGCCAGAUCCCUGCCACUUUUCCAUCAGACUCGCCAACAACUGAACCAAAAAAUAAACAGAAAUCAGAAACUGCAAAGCCGAAGACAAAAUCAUCAUGUUGUUCAGACUGCAAAGAAAAUGAAAAUAUCAGUUCAAAGGCGAGCAUAUUGGAGAAAUCAUCUACAGGAAGAAGUAAUUGUGCCGUUGGAGAAAUGUUCAAAACCUCUGUUCUGGCAUUAACGGAUGGGAAAGGUGAUUCCAGUAAAAAAAGUAUUCCUGAUGAGACUACAAGUAUACAAGAGGAAUCUGGUGCUCUUAGCUUACCUUCCCAAUCAUACAGAAAAGUAGGACUGAAGCAACCACCUAUGACGAGGAGUCUUCCUAUACCUGGAAAGCGGCAAAAUGUGGAAACAUUGAAUCAGGUGUCAAUUGAUUUUUGGGAGAGCUAUGAUCCAGAGGAGGUGUGCAAUACUGGAUUUGGUCUUAUUGGCUCAGAACCUUUUCAUGUGAGAGCUAUCUGUUUCCUAUGCGGAAGCGGAGGACAUGAGCAGCUUAUCCACUGUGCAUCGUGUUGUGAACCAUACCAUCGGUUUUGCUUGGAAGAUGGCUUACGGGAUCCUGGAGAAGGAUGGCGUUAUAACUGGAUCUGCCAGCGUUGCACAGUGUGCCACACCUGUGGUCGUGGUCAGGGCCAGCAGCUCAGCUGUCAGCGCUGCCACAAGACCUACCACACAGAGUGUCUGGGCAGCAGCCGCCUACACAGCCCUGAUAGGCCAUGGGUCUGUCCCUCCUGCUUACGCUGCAAAAGUUGUGGUGCUCCUGAUGUCACAGUUUUUGUUGGGAACCUACCUCUUUGUAAAGCUUGUUUCAAACUUCGGCAAAAGGGCAAUUAUUGUCCAUUAUGCCAACGGUGCUAUGAAGAUCAUGACUAUGAUACAAAGAUGAUGGAGUGUGCGAAAUGCAGUUGCUGGGUCCAUGCAAAGUGUGAAGGCCUGUCUGAUGAAAAAUAUCAAGUUCUAAGUUACCUUCCAGAGUCUGUUGAAUUCAUUUGCAGGAUGUGCUGUGCAAUGCCACCUGCACCAUGGUGGAUUGCUGUAGAGGAAGAAUUAAAGGCAGGGUACUUGAGUGUUCUGAAAUCUCUUAGCAAGAAUCGGAAAGCAUGUGCUAUGUUGAAAUCAAGUCCAAAGAAGCAAUGCUCAUGUAGAACGUCAAUGGGCAAACAACUUACGUUCCACGAUAUUGCUGAAACUAAAGAAUCUCCUGAAUCAGGGAUUAAAAUAGAAUGUACAGAGAUCACAAUGGCUGGUGACACUGUUGCCAAUAAUGAAAUGGACACUCCAAAUGAAACAACAGUUGUUGCCCAUGAUAUAGAAAAUGAUUGUAAUAAAAGUAUGGCUGCAAUUGCAGAUACUCUUCCUGCUUCCAUAUCAGACACUGCGCUCAGCAGCACAAUGCCUACUGCAUCUGAGGAAGCAGAGUACAGAAGUAGUUCAAGAGAGUGUGGAGAAUUAUUAAUGACAAAAUGCAGUAGUGUAUCUAACCUUUCAACAACAUCUGAAAUUUCUGGAAUUCAUCAAGACUCUUCUCAGGUAGACAUUUCUCCAAGUGCAACUGAGCUGCAAGUAUCUGACAAAAAUUUACUAGAAACACCUUCAAAAACAUGUACUGUGGUCGACCCUGCCUUGAAACUAUAUUGGGAAAAAUACAACAUUAGGGAAUGUUCAGUAAGAGUUGAAGAUAUUUUACCAAGGCCAUCUGCUAAAACAUUACUUCCUGUCAAAGUGGAAGUUCCUUGCAAUGACUUGUUGCAGGAAGGUGGCUUUUGUGAAAGUGGUAAAUCGCCUCACAAGUCUUUACCUGCUUCUCUUUCAACUCCAUGUAGUGACUCGGGUAUUAGUAGCACUGAUGAAGAACUUAAGCCAUGUGCAGGAAUUGAAAGCAGCAAGGAAAUGACUGUUAAUACACCUCUUCCGGAACUUCCUGCUGUCAAUACAGAAGUUGGUGAAGCUGGCUACAGCAGCAGCAAUGGUGAAGAGAAUCCUGCAUCUGAAUCAGAAGGCGCUGUGAGUGAAGCUAGCAAUGAUGUUUGUAUAGACAAAAUGUGUCAUUGUUUGGAAGUUACUCAGUCAAAACCCUCUUUAACAUUGCUUUCUGUUAAAAAGAAAGUGAAUGCCAGUGAAUACUCAUCACUUUUACAAUUCCAUCAAGAAAUGGAGAGUCUCAUAAGUAGAUCACAGGCUGGAGAGUUAUUAGAAACUUAUCAUCACACUUUACAAGAAGUGUUUCCAUGGUUUGAUCCAAAAUAUGCGAGAGUUUCCAGUCGACCAAUGCAUGAAGACCAUUUUUAUUGUCAGUCUCCCAGUAAAUUACAAUCUGUUGAUGCCUGUGAUCAUUCAUUUAAUGAGGAAAAUAAAGUGUUUAAUGACUUUGGAAAGGAACUUUUAGAAGAUAAGGUAGCCAAAAUGCUUACUGGUAAAGACCAGAACUAUUUCUAUAGUGAUGUAUGUGUACCUGAUGUUAGGGUGUGUGUGCUAUGUAAAGGAAUUGGGGAUGGACCAUCAACAGAAGAGGGUCGUCUUUUAUAUUGUGGUCAAAAUGAAUGGGCACACACAAAUUGUGCUCUGUGGUCUGCAGAAGUGUUUGAAGAAAUAGAUGGAUCAUUGCAAAAUGUACAUAGUGCUGUGUCAAGAGGUCGCAUGAUUCGUUGCCCUUGGUGUGAAAAGCGAGGAGCUAGUGUUGGUUGCUGUGCCAGAAACUGUAAUGAAACUUAUCAUUUUCCAUGUGCUCGAAAGGCAAAAUGCACCUUCAUGGAUGACAAAAAUGUAUACUGCCCCACACAUGCUCGAGAUGCAAUUGGGAAAAUUUUGCUGCUAGAUUCAGAAUUUGAUGUUCGCCGUCCAAUUUAUGUAGAACUUGACAGAAAGAAGAAAAAGUUUUCUCAAGUGCAAAAGGUGAAAUUCAUGAUAGGUUCAUUGCUUGUGGAAAAUUUGGGAGAAUUUGUUUCUGGUGCUUCAGAUAAUCCAGACAUUAUAAUUCCUAAUGGAUUCCGCUGCUCACGUUAUUUCUGGUCCUCAGUGGAACCCUGGAGGAUUGUUCAGUAUCAAGUUAAGACCAUUGUCAACCAGCAGUUACCUGAACAGGCAGAAGAUUUAGGUUGGAACGUAACAAUAGAUCAUUCGGAUGAUCAGGAAGUUAUACUGCAAAAAUUGAAUGAAGUAGCUCAGUGGCACCGGGAAUUGACAUGUUCACAUGGAAGGAAAAAUAUUUGUACUGUAAAAUGGGUUAAUAAUGAACCAGAGCAACUUAAAGCUAAAGAUAAAGCUCUGGUUCCUAAUGCAAAUAAGAAUAUUCCUCGAAGGACCGAAGAAGAUAAUGUUGCACGUCAGGUGGUGACAUAUCUCCUUGAUACUAUCUGCAGUAAAGAUGUUGAUGAUAGCUGUCUAACUGACCCACAAAACACAGCAGAUAUCUUGCCUCCUGACUUGAAAGAUGCAAUAUUUGAAGAAUUGCCUCAUGAUUUGUUGGAUGGAAUAUCAAUGCAAGACAUUUUUCCUAAACUUAUGAGUUAUGAAGAUGCAAUGGGAAUUGAUAUAAAAAGUGAUGGUUCUUGUGGAUCCGAUGGUUUAAAAGAAGGGAAAGAUGAUUUGCCAGAGGAUGUUAUUCUUGCCACAGAUGUUGAGACUAUUGCAAUGCUUACACGUGGGAAAAAAUUAGAUACCUCAGUCAUGGAGUUGGGACCCCAUGUUGAAAGUUGGUUUCCUUGUGGAGAAGCAAAGGAACAAAUGCAACAUCUUGUAGAAGAUCUUAUACCACCCUUAUAUAUGAAGACCAAUGCCCAAAAAUACAGCAGUAGAGAAUUGAAGAGAAGUAAAUUCUGAAGGGAUAAUCAGUCUUCUUUCAUAGGAAGUCUGCUGGCAGCUCAGAAGUCAACAGAGAUCAUGUAGUUAUUGCAUGGAGGUUGUUAAAUUGGAUGGCCUGCUUUGUUCUUUUUACAGCAACCAUAGCAAGCGGCGGCCAAGCCAACUCGUGCGGCAUCUCGUAUAGCAAGAAAGUAGUAUUAAUUCAGUAGCAGACACAGGCAUUGGCAAUAUUCGUGCCCAUAUUUACAAGUUGGCUUAAGGAACUGUUCAAAAAGUGGGGCUUGGAAGCCUUCCUGCGAAACUAGCACUUCGGCUCUUCAGCUACUAGCACUGAAGGUGUGCGUGAGCUUAAGAUGCGAUUAGAAGAAGAAGGUCCAACAAGCCAGGGAGAUCGUAGGAAAUCCAGUCAUCCUAAAGAAGAAGGAAAGGAAAAUAAGUGGCUCUUGUGGCAUGGACGAUCUCAAGCUAGAAUACUCCAACUUGAUGGUGCUGUUGAUUCUUCUAGUGGAAGUGAGGGAGGAAAAUCUCCCCGCAGAAUUGAUGAUGAGGAUGAUGACGACGAAGAUGAUGAGGAUGAGGAUGAUGAUGAAGAUCAUAGCAGAAAUCUUGUGAGGACUUACCCACCUGCGAGAAGAGGUCUCCCUCCAAAUCUCCUGAAGAAAGACGGAGAUGAUGAACCUGUGAGGUGUGCACGUUGCCAUCGUACAUAUCGAACAAGAACAAGUUUUGAACGACACCUUCCUACAUGCAGUAGUGAUUUCAUUCUUUCUACAAGUGAAAGUGAUUCUGAAAACACUCGUUCAAGUGAAGAGGAUAGUCCUAAACAAGUAAAUCACCAUGCUUCUGCAGAUGUGAAAGAAAUAAUAUGUGAACCUAAAGUACAAAAUGAAAAUGAUGUACAAUUGCCUUCAUUGCCAACUGUAAAUGUUAGUGUAGAAUCUCAAGACAGUUCACUAACAAGCCCAGUGGAAUUGCCGACUAAAACAAAUACUGACAUGCAUCAAACAAUGGCUCCUCCAAGCAGCAAUGAAUCAAAUGUAUCAACCCCCCAAAUAGUACAUCAAUCACCUUCACUGACACCUGCAACAACAGCAGUAGUGCCGUCUUUGACAACGCCCACUUUAUCAUCACAAAGUUCAUUAACUACAUCUCGGACAGACACUCAAUUUGUUGCUAGUGUUGUUCCACAGUCUGUAGUCUCUGAUGUUCCAAAACAAUCUGCUCAGCCGUCAUCAUUGCCCCCGCAUGCUGUUCAAACAAAUGUUCCGUCAUCUACCCGUGCCAGGUCAACUGGUGGACGAUCAAGAGUGAGAGCAUCUGCUAGGGCCACUUCUCACAGACAGACAUCCCGCAACAUAAAUUGCCAACCUACUGUUACAGCAGCAGCAACAGCCACCCCUGCACCUAGUGCACAAUAUCAGAUGCAUAUGAUGCAUACUCCCUGUGCUCAAGCUCCCGCCCAACCAACAGUGUUUGUGCAGCAAGUGCCAUCACCUAGUGUUGUGCCAGCAUUUGUAGAAGCCUUCCAGCAACAUACAGGGCAGAGCCUUCAAUACAUAGCUACAAUAGAUGCUCAUUCGAAGCAUCCAAUAUUUACACCAACUCCAGGCUCCUUGGUGCCUGGUACAUUCCAGUUGCAAACCUCUGCUGAUGGUUUCACAGGAAUGCAGAACAGCAGCAUUCCUGUUAUGCCUAGUGUGCAGAUCAGCCCCUCUCAGCCUACUGUUUUGGGUACCAUCAUUCCUCAAGCACAGCCAGCAGCUAUUCAGUGUGGUAUGGUUGCGACCGAACAAAUGGUUUUGGGUUCAACCCCUGGCAUGGAGGUGUUUACAGAUCAAAAUGGUGGAAUGUUUGUUGCUAGUCAGCCAAUGUUUAUUGGAUUAGAGACAAUCGUUAGUAAUACAGUGAUGCAGUCUCAGCAGAUAGUGUCGAGUGCCCUUCCAGGUGUAAUGGCAGCCAGUAGUAGUUUCUCUGCUACAACAACACAAGUGUUUCAAGCCAGCAAACUUGAACCUAUUGUCGAUGUUCCAUCAGGUUUCGUGAUUGUUAAUCCUCAGGCAACACUCGCUGAUGCUAGAAUGAGGAAUCCUGAAGUAGUAACAUGUGCUCCUACGCAUGUGCCCAUGAGUCUUCCAUCUCAUAUGGCUUCGCAGCCACCAUCAGUGGUGACCCAGCAACCUCCGCCACCUGCUUCAGUCCCUCCUCCAGUUCCACCAGCUCCGGCUCCAGUACCUACACCUAUACCUACUCCUGCACCUAGACCUACACCUGCGCCUGCACCUGUGCGUGUGUCUGUGCCUACACCUGCACAAAUGCCUGUGUCUGUGCCUGCACCUCCUGCUCCACUAGUCCCACCUGUGCCACCUGUUGCCCAGCCAUCCCCUUGCCCUUCAGCCUCAAACUUGCCAUUCCCUGGCUCACAGCCUACUGUAAUGUCCAAUCAACCUAAUACACAAUGGAGGUACCGGCGAGAGUUUCCCAGUGAAGGCAAUAAUUGCAUACCCUUGACCAGAAACUGUGAUUCUUAUAUGACACAAGUGCCUCCUCAGAGUGUUUCUAACAAUUUUUGUGUACCAAAUAGUAAUACUUUACUACCUGUCUCAAAAACUGUGGUCACUGUUAGUUCUGCACCACCACCUGUGACAAUUUCUUCCCAUCAACCAAGUUCACCAGUGAAGGUGGUGACAACUGUUUCGACAGUAUGCAGUACAGAAUCAGGAAAACAGGUUGUUGCCAACACACCAACAAAAUCCUUCCCAACACCUCAGAAAAUAACCAUUCCAAAAGUCGAAAUUGCUCAGCCACUGAACAAUGCAAUACAAAAAACAUCAUUUGAAGUAGAUAGUAAAACAAAUGUUAUUCCUGUUAUAAACAGUAAAUGUGUGCCCCAAAAUUCAAAAACAAACACUAUCAAAUUAGUUCUUCAGAAACAGACGCAGGAUGGAAUUUACAAAGUUACUCCAAAUCAGAGUGUUAGAAUUCUGUCAACUUCAAAACAGGUUGCAACCAAUCCAGUGAACAAGUAUACAAAGCCCAAGCCGCGACCAGUGCCCGUUGAGAAACGCAAAGAUCAAGAAAAUCAUUUCGUCCCUGCAGUCUUGCAGCCCUCCCAGAAUACUAAUAUGCCCAACGGUACUCUGAAUGGAACCAAAUACAUUCCAAAUGGUAAAUUAUCUAUCUUGAAGGAGACUUGUCCUGCUAAGGAUGUCCCUCCGUCCAUUACAUUUGAAAUUCGAUCCCAGGACGGUUUCUGCUGUACUUCUUCUGACAUUACUGAGGUGUGGCAGAAGGUGUUUGAAGCAGUACAACAAGCAAGAGUUGCUCAUAAAAUGCCUCCAUUGCCCCAAAAUCCUUUUAUGGGUGCCCAGGAUGGAUUGCAAAUGUUAGGUCUGAAACACAACGGGUUGCGAUACCUUGUAGAACAACUCCCUGGUGCAGGACGAUGCAUUAAGUACAAACCUCGGUAUCACAAGCAACAUCCCCCAGGCCCUGAAGAGGAUAUAGAUGCCUUGCCCCCAGAGAAUAAGACUGGAAGUGCACGUUCACAACCUUUCUGUAAGCGCUCGCCAUAUGACAUGUUCAGCUGGCUUGCUUCUAGACAUCGGCAGCCUCCAAAGUUCAUUGUAAAUGCUGAUGGAGAGUCCAUUAGCAACAGGCGAGCAACAAGUUCAAAUUUGCCAAUGGCCAUGCGUUUCCGGCAUUUAAAAGAGACUUCUAAAGAAGCAGUUGGAGUAUAUCGAUCUCACAUUCAUGGCCGAGGUCUUUUCUGUUUGCGGGAUAUAGAUGCGGGUGAAAUGGUUAUAGAAUAUGCAGGAGAAGUGAUCCGAUCAACUCUGACAGAUAAAAGAGAGAAGCUUUAUGAAUCCAAAGGCAUUGGCUGCUAUAUGUUUCGCAUUGAUGAUCAGUUGGUUGUAGAUGCAACAAUGCGAGGAAAUGCAGCUCGCUUCAUCAACCACUCCUGUGAGCCAAACUGCUAUUCCAGAGUAGUUGACAUUCUUGGGAAGAAGCAUAUUCUUAUCUUCGCUCUUCGCCGCAUACCUCAAGGAGAGGAAUUAACAUAUGACUACAAGUUUCCAUUUGAAGAUGUGAAGAUUCCUUGUACUUGUGGGUCUCGAAAAUGUCGGAAAUACUUGAACUAAACCCCCAUCUUGGUACAAGUUGGUCUUCAAAUCAUAUUUACCUUGGUUGAUUGGAGAGGAAAACCCCUUUUUGUGAAUGUAUACUUCCUUUAUUUUAGAGGAUUCCUCUGGCCCUGGUACUCUUGUAAAACAGCUCAUCUAACACAUGAUGCCACGAUAUGAAAGUUACAUGGCAAGUGACUAUAAUAUUUUCGUUCUGUGUGCAUGUUUUACUCGUACAAUAGCCAAUGGUCAUUUGAACGUUAAUUUUCUGACAACAAUAUAUUAUAUAUACAGUUAAUUGCUAGAGGAAUGUGUAUAUGUGACAAGAUAUGUGGAUAUUGCAUCUGUAAUGUUUACGACAUUUAUUAAAAUGUAGUUGGAUGACCCUUUUAAUAUAUAUCUCAAGUCCAUAUUACAGACUAUACAAUAUACAGUUGCUAUGACCUGUUUCAAUUUAUGAAUUUCACCUUCAUAUGUUAUUAAUUCAUCCCAAAUAAGACUUGUGUAUAAUUUAUAUUUACUGUCAAUAGUGAACUCGCUAACAUUUUGCACUCGCAGAAGCUUAAUACAGAUACAUCACAUAGUAAACAAAGAUACUGGUAUAUACUUUACUCAUACACAUGCAUUAUUCACCUGUGUUGUACUCUAAAUAUUUCAUUACUUCUAAAGCUUCCCUCAAUAGAAUCACACAUAAUUGUAUUAAAAAGGUGUCAAGAGUGAUGUUUAAAUAUAUAUUGUGAUUUCUCGACAAUCUAGCAAUUAUUUUUGUGGAGCAAAAAUGUGAAAGGUGUAGACCUGGAGGCCAGUAAAACAACUUUUGGGGAACAUAUUUUGGCAAUAUCUUUGAAACAUUAAUCACCAAAAAAUAGUUAUUUAAAUGCUAUUUUAUGUUAUAUUCUGCAUGAAGACUUGCAUGUCAGCAGAAACAUGUUGUAUAGGAAAGGCCCUUUUCUUGGUACUCUCUCUGUUUGUAAAUAAUGUAGUAAUUUGUGUUGAUAUUGUUUAUUCAGACAAUAUAGAACAUAUCAAUUAAUAAUUGUAAUGUUUGAUAAAAUUGAAGUGAUUGCAUUUACAAAACCGGUAGUAAAUCAAAUAAUGUUUUAACUUGUUUUUAUUCAAAACUGUCUUUUUUAUUAUUUGUUGAUUUUUAAAGUAACUUUUAUGUUAUUAUAUUAUUAUAAAAAGAGCCUAGGAAAAGGGUUUCUUUGUUUCAUUGAGUGUAUAUAAGUCUCAUGUCAAAGUCCUUGGAAGGAUUGAAUAUAGAUGUGUACAGAUACUGGACUCAGCUGAUAGCAGGGCUCUGGUGAAGUAGGAACAAUGUUAAUAUGUUGUGAAUGGCAGCAGAAGUUCAAUAAGACCCGACUUGUGUAAUGAAAGUUUUCCAAUAAUGAUGCAUAUUUUUGUAAAUUGAAAUGUAUUCAAGUGCAUGUGAAAAAAAUUGUAGUUUUAAGAAUUUUUAUAAUUGCAUAGUAGGUAGACAUAUCUUUAUCUCCAAUCCAUUAAGUAUUAUUGACAUUUGAAAUAUGUACAUUUCUUUUUGUGUUAUAUUUUAUUGUAAAGAAAAAAGCACAUUGUAUAAUUUUUAUAAUAUGUGAUGACUUUACAUGCAUUUGAAACAAUUCUGAAUUGUACUGAAAUUAAAUUAAUGUGAUAUAUUAAUAUGUAAAUGUAUGGGGUCUCUAAAUGAAAAGCUAAUUUUUAUCGUUAACAUGAUGUUGGUGCCAUUCCAGCUGUUUCAUGAAGUAUAGUAAGGAGAUGCUGUACAACAUGUGGAUAUAUUAAAAAAAAACUUUUCAUUUUUAGUGAGAAAAAUGUUGGUAUAUUCUAUAUUGUGAUAAUUAUGAAACAAAACAGGCUGCAUUUAAUAUAAUUUUAUUAUGUAGUAUUAUGUGUGGUACUGCUCUUGCACUGAAAAAAGUACGUAAUUUAUGGAAGCUCUGAGGGUAUCUUUCAAACUGAAUUACUUGUAGUAUAGAUAUAGUUUGAUAUUAUAAGCAUUACUGCAAAACAAGGAAGAUACUACAAGCUUCCGAAAGUUAAUGCUUUUAAUAUGAUGUGCUUUUAAAGAGUACUUUUGUAUAUUAUUGUAAAUAAAAGAAAUUGUGUUUUAAAUGUUGCAAAAAUGUACUUAGUGCAUAUAUGAAAUUAAUUUAUUACCACCAUGUGGUAGUACAAUACCAAUUCGUGCUGUUCUUUGCUGUAUUCAUCUAUUUUAAUAUGAGAACCUGUGAUGUAUAGAUCUUUCCUUUUUUAAAGAAACUAUAUUGUAGCAUUAAAUGUAUAAUCAACGAAUCAUUGUGAAUCCUGUUUGGAUCACUUGUGUUUGUAAACCUCUUUAUCGUGAGGAUAACUUGUGAUAAAGUAUUAUACUACUCAAAGGUACCUGCUGGUACAUCAUGUAAUUCUUUUGUAAGAUCAAGGAAAGACUGGUGCUCUGGGAUUUAGUUUUAAAUUUCACAAGGUUCUUGACCAGAAAGACUUUACGGCAUGCUGACACGUAAUUUCACAAUUCUCUUAUCAUGUUGACAUUUCACUACAGUAUAAUAGUAACACACCAUAAUUUUAGAAACAGCUUUGUAAUAAAUGUUUUUCCCGUAUAUCAGCGUUUUUUUUUUUUUUAAUUCAGUAAGCAUAGUG